AACAAUUGAAAAUAAAAUUUUGACGAUCUUCUGACCUACAACCACUUUUAAGGUUUAAGUAUUAAUAGAUCUUUUUAUCAUUCCCUUUGACUUAUUUAAGUACCAAUCUUUUAUAUUGCAAGAAACAUAAGCAAAGAACACAGAAGCAACAAAAUAAAGCAAUCUGUUGCGCUUUUACCGGGCAAAAUGCCAUUUCCCUGAUAUCACAUACAUGUACACCGUGAAGGUGUAACGUGCGCACACGUAGAGUUACAAUUACUGUAUAAAAGGAGGAGAUCGAUAGGAGAGGGUCACUCGUGCUAAAACCAUCAACACCUUCGUGUGCCUUUGAACAGGAGAGUCAUGGAGAUGAUUAACAGGUGUGGCUUAUUGAUCAUAUCCUGUUACUCUCAUGUCUGGCGCUACAGCCUAUGGUAACUAUGGUUCCUAUAAAGAAACCAAGAUCUGCUACAGCCGAAAGAGCAAGUGCUUUCUCAAAAAGAUAACUUGCCCUGCCGAAUGCCCAACAUCAAAACCAAAAGACCCGAAAGCUAAAGUUUGCUAUGUCAACUGUGAUUCACCUAUAUGCAAAGCAGCAUGCAAACAUCGCAAACCAAACUGCAAUGCCCCCGGGGCAGGAUGCUAUGAUCCACGCUUCAUUGGUGGAGAUGGCAUCGUUUUCUAUUUCCAUGGCAAGAGUAACGGGAAUUUCAGCUUAGUGUCUGAUCUCAACCUCCAAAUCAAUGCCCGCUUCACUGGUCUCCGUCCAGCAGGCAGAACCAGGGACUAUACUUGGAUUCAAGCCCUUGGUGUCCUCUUUGACACCAAAACUUUCUCACUCGAGGCUAUCACAGCAGCAACAUGGGAUGACGAAGUUGACCAUUUGAAAUUCUCUUACAAUGGGAGGGAAUUAGUCAUACCAGAAGGCCAUCUCUCAUAAGAAAAGCCCCGAAAACGACCUUAAGUGGAGAGAACAUCAAACAAGAGUAGUGUUGUAGUCACUCUCCCAGAAGUCGCUGAGAUAUCGGUCAAUAUGGUGCCUGUGACAAAGGAAGAUGAUAGAAUUCACAACUAUCAGAUACCUUCAGAUGACUGUUUUGCUCAUUUGAGAUUCUAUGGCCUAUCCUCAAAAGUUGAAGGAGUUCUAGGCAGGAUUUACCAGCCAGAUUUCAAGAAUCCAGCUAAGCCUGGAGUGGCAAUGCCAGUAGUGAGAGGUGAAGACAAGUACAGAACUACAUUACUUGUCUCUGCAGAUUGCAGUUCUUGUGUUUUCUCUCCAGCUGGAGUUGUGGACCAAAAGGACUCAUUGGUGAUGGAGUAUGGCAUGCUAGACUGCGCCGGUGGAGCCACAGGUGGGAAUGGAAUAGUUUGCAGGAAAUAAUUAAGUACGAAACUUGAUGCAUCUUCAAAUAAUAAAUGAAGGCUCUGUUUCUUCCAUUGUAAGUGGGACAUAGGUAGAAAAAGUGAGGUGGAUAUUGUUCUCUUAGUAGUGAAUUAAAAUUCACUACUCUCUCUCUUAUAUAUAUAUUUCUUUCUUGUUUGCUUGAUUGUUUUUCUUUAACCUAUUAUUCCGGAUUUAAGUUCAUGCAGCAUGUGACCCUUUUCUUUCAAUUGCAUCCUUCUAUGUAAAAGUGCUACAAAUUUAGUGUAUUCUUCCAAUUGCUUCCUUCCAUGUAAAAGCUUAUAAAAUAUAGAA